AUGAACUCUGUUGUCUGGUGGAUAAGCUUCUGCAAAUAUGGAUUGUUCGCUGAUGACAUGUAUAUUUAUCGGCACUGCCUUACUUAUCAGCUUCUUGAAGCAGUUCAACAAGUCAGUGCUGAUGCACAAGUUAUUGCAGACUGGACACGAGAACAUGGACUUAUGCUCAACUUGUCGAAGACAACAGCUAUGAUCUUAGGCUCAAAUGGCAAGCUAAAGCAACUGUGUACCAUGGAGUUACCGCCCAUAAUAGUUGACAAUGUUGUGAUUCCCUAUAAUAAUAAUAAUAAUAAUAAUAAUAAUAAUAAUAAUAAUAAUAAUAAUAAUAAUAAUAAUAAUAAUAAUAAUAAUAAUAAUAAUAAUAAUAAUAAUAAUAAUAAUAAUAAUAAUAAUAAUAAUAAUAAUAAUAAUAAUAAUAAUAAUAAUAAUAAUAAUAAUAAUAAUAAUAAUAAUAAUAAUAAUAAUAAUAAUAAUAAUAAUAAUAAUAAUAAUAAUAAUAAUAAUAAUAAUAAUAAUAAUAAUAAUAAUAAUAAUAAUAAUAAUAAUAAUAAUAAUAAUAAUAAUAAUAAUAAUAAUAAUAAUAAUAAUAAUAAUAAUAAUAAUAAUAAUAAUAAUAAUAAUAAUAAUAAUAAUAAUAAUAAUAAUAAUAAUAAUAAUAAUAAUAAUAAUAAUAAUAAUAAUAAUAAUAAUAAUAAUAAUAAUAAUAAUAAUAAUAAUAAUAAUAAUAAUAAUAAUAAUAAUAAUAAUAAUAAUAAUAAUAAUAAUAAUAAUAAUAAUAAUAAUAAUAAUAAUAAUAAUAAUAAUAAUAAUAAUAAUAAUAAUAAUAAUAAUAAUAAUAAUAAUAAUAAUAAUAAUAAUAAUAAUAAUAAUAAUAAUAAUAAUAAUAAUAAUAAUAAUAAUAAUAAUAAUAAUAAUAAUAAUAAUAAUAAUAAUAAUAAUAAUAAUAAUAAUAAUAAUAAUAAUAAUAAUAAUAAUAAUAUAAUAAUAAUAAUCGUGUUUAUUUAG